AUGAACUCUUGCUGUGUGAGUAUAAGGCAGCAGAAUGUGCCAUGUGACUUGGUGACAGGAGAAGAGCGUGUCUAUGCCAAUGAAGAUGCCAGACAAGCUCCUCAUAUUGCUUGUACCAUUGAAAUGUGCAGCACUAAUACACCCUUUGAAGUUGCUGUGAUUGAUGAAAUUCAGAUGAUCAGAGAUCCUGCCAGAGGGUGGGCUUGGACAAGAGCCCUUCUAGGACUCUGUGCGGAAGAAAUCCACGUUUGUGGAGAAGCUGCUGCUGUUGACUUGGUGACAGAGCUCAUGUACACUACAGGGGAGGAAGUUGAAGUCCGAAACUACAAAAGACUCACUCCUCUUACUGUGCUGGAUUAUGCGUUAGAAUCUUUAGAUAACCUCCGUCCUGGAGACUGCAUCGUCUGUUUCAGUAAGAAUGACAUUUACUCUGUCAGUCGACAGAUUGAAGCCAGGGGAUUAGAAUGUGCUGUCAUAUAUGGCAGUCUGCCACCAGGAACAAAACUUGAACAGGCAAAGAAAUUCAAUGAUCCUGAUGAUCCAUGCAAAAUUUUAGUUGCUACAGAUGCAAUUGGAAUGGGACUCAAUUUGUGUAUAAGAAGAAUAAUUUUCAACUCUAUAGUAAAGCCGACUAUCAAUGAGAAGGGAGAAAAGGAAAUAGACUCCAUUACGACCUCUCAAGCUCUACAAAUCGCAGGCAGAGCUGGGCGUUACGGCUCAUCCUUCAAACAAGGAGAAGUCACUACAAUGCAUCAUGAUGAUCUUGGGCAACUGAAGGAAAUUUUGAGUGAGCCUGUGCGCCCUGUGAAGGCAGCUGGCCUACAUCCUACUCCUGAGCAGAUAGAAAUGUUUGCUUAUCAUCUCCCUGAUGCCACUCUAUCCAAUCUAAUUGAUAUUUUUGUGAGUCUCUCACAAGUUGAUGGGCUUUACUUUGUCUGCAAUAUUGACGACUUUAAAUUUCUAGCAGAUAUGAUUCAGCACAUUCCACUAAAUUUGCGAUCACGAUAUGUCUUCUGCACUGCACCCUUAAACAGAAAAGAACCUUUUGUGUGUACCACAUUGUUGAAGUUUGCGAGACAGUUCAGUAGAAAUGAGCCUCUGACGUUUGAUUGGCUCUGUCGGCACACCAAAUGGCCGUUAGCUGCUCCAAAGAACAUCAAAGAACUUGUACACCUUGAAGCUGUUCAUGAUGUUUUUGACCUCUAUCUGUGGCUAAGUUACCGCUUCAUGGAUAUGUUCCCUGAUGCUGUCCUUGUAAGGGAUAUUCAGAAGAAACUAGAUGACAUUAUACAAGUCGGUGUCUGCAACAUCACGAAGCUGAUCCGAGCUUCACAAUCUGCAGCUGCUUCUAGCACAGUGGAAGUUGUGUCAGAAGACUUUCCUCUUUCAAGGACUAUGAGGGUUACCAGGGCGGUUUCAGACCAUCACGGUGCAAAAUCCAAAGAGGCACUCUCUAUUGCAGUGGAGGUUCCAGGAGAAAGAAGAGGGAAGAACUUGAAAGCCUAUCGGUCUGCUGCAAAGCAGGAGGAUCUGAAAAGCCAUGGACGUGGAUCUCUUGCCAACAGAUUGCUGCGUGAAGGACUUCUAACACAAGACAUGCUGAGACAGCUGCAGAGUGAGUGGCAGGAUCAGCACAGGAAUGGUAGAUACGGCCUUGGUUCAAAAAGAGAUGAUCAGAAUAGUGCAAAAGCAACGGGGAGAAAGAAAAAAUAGAGCCAUGUCCUAAUUCUGUUUAGUUUUUAUUCAUAAAAUAAAAUACUAUUUUAAUAACUUC